GCUUUGUUCAGAGAAAUUAUUUGUAUCACCUUUUUAUUUGGUAUUUGAUUCGUUAAUGCAUGAAACUCUCUAGAAAAUGUACCUUCGUCUUCUCAUCCUUCAGAUCUCGGACAUUGUUGUAAUUUUUAACGAUUUUGAUGCAAUUUCUCUUGUUUUUUUUAGCCCGAAUGAUGAUUUUUUCUAAUCACGCCUCAUAGUAUAUUUUUUCCUCUCUUUUUUUGUAUUUCAUGUUCAGGAUUCGGAGUGUGAUAUACAAUAGAUGCUCUUGAGGGAUGCUUAAGGUGCAUUUUGUGAGAGUGGUUGUUUUUUUCUCUGAUAUGUAAACCAUAGUUCUUCUCUGAAGAUUAUUAAAGGAAUAGAAAAAAGAGGAACACGGUUCUUCUCUUUUUCUUUUUUCUCCUGUCCCUGGAAUAGUAUUUUAGAAGAUUUAGUUUAACCGACGAUUAAUAAUUUUCUAGGCCUAUAUUUUUCUUUCCUUUUGUGUGUUGAAUUUUAUGUGAUUAAAACUGCCUUUUGUUUGAUUGGUUUAUGCUUAAGGUGGAAAUAGUGAUGUUGAGAGGAGUAAACUAUUCAAAAUUCAGCGCAUGCAUUUGUUGAAUAUUUCUAUAAGAUUGUUUUUGUUGACUCUUUUGCUUUGCUUGGUUCUAAAUUCGGAUAAGUUUUUUGUGCUCUUUUGUUGCCCUUCUUAGCUGUUACUUUUCAGAAUGAGGUGGUUUACGUUUGACUCAGUAUGUCUUUGUUCAUAAAAUGUUCCCGACUUUGGUUCCCUCAGAACGAACGACCCAUUCAUCUAGUUAUUGACUCCUCAAUGGUGGAAAGAAGAGUGACUUUAUCAAAGGAAGCUAGAAAUGGGUUAGAAUUUUUGAAGCGUAAAAGGCUUCAGCGUGCAAAAUUUGUCACUGCCACCCAGACAAGUGUUGCUAACAUGAUGAGCAGAAGUGGAAAUGCUUUAAGAGCUUCAGCAUCAUGUGGCCCAAGAUUUCAUGGUAAUGCUAAUGUCUUUUCCAAGCGCAAGGUGGAUAAGUUUGAUACAAAUGACCUGGAUUGGACUGAUAAAAUUCUAGAAUGUCCUGUGUAUUCUCCAACAAAGGAGGAAUUUGAGGAUCCUUUAAUUUAUUUGCAAAAGAUUGCUCCAGAAGCUUCUAAAUAUGGUAUAUGCAAGAUUAUUUCCCCUUUGAGUGCUUCAGUACCUGCUGGGGUUGUUUUAAUGAAGGAGAAAGCAGGAUUCAAGUUUACAACUAGAGUGCAGCCCCUUCGCCUUGCUGAGUGGGAUACUGAAGACAAAGUCACAUUUUUUAUGAGUGGAAGAAAUUAUACAUUUCGCGAUUUUGAGAAAAUGGCAAACAAGGUAUUUGCACGAAGAUAUUGCAGUGCUGGAUGUCUUCCUGCCACAUAUUUGGAAAAAGAGUUUUGGCAUGAAAUUGGUUGUGGGAAAAUGGAAACUGUUGAAUAUGCAUGUGAUGUUGAUGGCAGUGCCUUUUCAUCUUCUCCCACUGACCAGCUUGGGAACAGCAAAUGGAACUUGAAGAAACUUUCAAGGUUGCCCAAAUCGAUUUUGCGGCUGUUGGAAACAUCAAUUCCGGGAGUAACGGAACCCAUGCUAUACAUUGGAAUGCUGUUUAGUAUCUUUGCUUGGCAUGUGGAGGAUCAUUAUUUGUACAGCAUUAACUAUCAUCACUGUGGGGCAUCAAAAACAUGGUACGGUAUUCCAGGUCAUGCAGCUUUGGAUUUUGAAAGGGUGGUGAGAGAACAUGUGUACACUAAUGAUAUUUUGUCAAGUGAUGGGGAAGAUGGAGCCUUUGAUGUUCUCCUGGGGAAAACAACACUAUUUCCACCAAAUAUUUUGUUGGAGCAUGAAGUCCCUGUGUACAAGGCUGUUCAAAAGCCAGGGGAGUUUAUAAUAACGUUCCCUAGGGCAUAUCACGCUGGCUUCAGUCAUGGUUUCAAUUGUGGAGAAGCAGUGAAUUUUGCAAUUGGUGAUUGGUUUCCUUUAGGAGCUGUUGCUAGCAGAAGAUAUGCACUUCUUAACAGGGUACCUUUACUGCCCCAUGAAGAACUUCUAUGCAAAGAAGCAAUGCUUCUUCGUACAUGCUUGGAACUUGAAGAUUCUGACUUUCCUUCUCCAGACUUGUUUUCUCAUAAUAGUAUUAAGAUUUCAUUUGUUAACUUGAUGCGUUUCCAACAUCGUGCUCGAUGGUUCCUUACGAAAUCAAGGGCGGGUAUAAGUGUUUCUUUUCAUUCCCAUGGCACGAUUCUCUGUAGCCUCUGCAAACGUGACUGUUACAUAGCUUAUGUUGGCUGCAACUGUCACAAGCAUCAUGUAUGCCUACGUCAUGAUGCUGAUUCUCUUGACUUCAACUGUGGGAGCAAACACACACUUUAUUUGAGGGAGGAUAUUAUGGAUAUGGAAGCUGCAGCCAAGAUGUUUGAGCAGGAAGAUGGGAUAUUGGAUGAGAUAAGGAAGCAAACUAAAAGUGACCAGAACAUGUAUGCAUAUCCUUUGUCAAAUAUGUUUCAGGGAGCCGAGGCAAAUGGAUACACGCCUUAUUGUGAGCUAAAACUUGAUUCUGUUGCUGAAUUUUAUGCAACUCCAGAGCACUCAACAAAUAAUCAAGAAUACAGUUCACAAUAUCAAUCUGUCUUUGUACAUUGCUCUGAAAAUCAAAAACCAGUGGUGUCUGAGGUUUCCUUUUCUUCUGCCACAUCCACUCUUUGUUCUCUUUCAGAAUCUCUUGAGAGCUUUUCCGCUCCCAAAAAUCAGGCUGAGGAGCAUAUUAACAUCAAUGCAACAAGUAUUAUUGAUUUUGAAGAGUUUGCUGAAAGAAUAUCCAACAGUGCUUGUGAAUCUUCAUUAUCUCCUGCUGUGUAUCAUGAAAGGUCGGUUAAACCACGGGGUGAUCUUCAGAGAUUUGAUAAAAAACCCGUUGUAAACGAGAGUGAUGAUUCUGAUUCAGAGAUAUUUAGGGUAAAACGCCCUUCUUCUCUGAAAGCAGAGAGGAGAAAUAUGAAUGAUGCUAUGUCUUCAAAACAUACUGCGCAGCAGCAGGGACUUAAACGACUGAAGAAAAUCCUUCCUGAAGGAAAGAGCGGGCAACCAAUGGAUUUCAGUAGAAGCAAUGAAUCAAGUUACAAAUACGGUCACCCUGUUAACCAUAAAGGUCAUGCUGAAAUUUCGUCUAGGGACAGAUUUGCAACGGGUAAUGGUAUUCCCAUUUCUAUAAGAUGUAAGAAGUUAGGCAACGAGGAAAUAAGCAUGCAACGAGAUCACAACCGGAGAGAUAGGUUGCAGCAGACAUUUAGGGAACCACCUUCCAUGGAGCUUGAGCCAAAGCGCCUUAAAGUCCGAGGCCCUUCAUUUUUAGGCUUAGAGAGCAGCAGAUCGAAUUGAUGUUUCAAGUUGGCUCGAAAUGACUGUGGAACGCCAUCAAGAGUCUGACUUUGCUAACUUCAUUUUAGCUUAUUGGCUUUCUAACAAUACAGUAAAUCCAAAUGAUUGAUUGAGGGAGGAAGCAGCGGCAAGAUAUUAACGUAUUAGGGUAUGAAUUUACAUUCUUUGUGCAGGCCUUAACAUUUGAGGAAUCUGCACGAGUGGUGAUCCUCUGGGUUCUCGGGCCGAGGUGUUUUUCCAACUUUGGUUGGUGAACCUGACUUGCAAAGUUAGGACUUAGAAAUCGGUUUAGCGACAUUUAUUUCCAUGUAAAUUUGUUUUCUUCUUUUCACAAGUCGUUUAGGUCUUCUUAGGAACGUGGGUCUCUCCAUUGUUUUCUCAUUAAAUUCUAUCACAGCUGCUUCCCCCUUCUGAUGUUAAUCCAUUCUUUUUGUAGCAAUAGGUCCUUUGUACCUAGAACUACUUGAAUAAAGUUCAAUGAAAUUUCUCAUUUUCACUCAA